AUGGUAGCUCCCCGGGCCCACGGUAUCUUCGCACAAUCCUGUCGCCGGCAAUGUUUUACACCCAAGAUCUCGCUUGAUAGACGGCAGUACAUCUCCGCCUAUGGAUACACACAGGCAAAAGCCAUUGUCUUUCCCAGAUACGGGGAGCCCAAAGAUGUCCUAAAUCUACACGCAUACUCAAUAUCCCCUCCCAAUGGCACUCAAUGCACCCUCCGUUUGCUUGCCGCCCCACUCAAUCCAGCAGACUUUAACCAGAUACAAGGUGUCUAUCCGGCAAAACCUACCUUUAGCACAUCUCUAGGCACAAUCGACCCUCACGCAGUGGCUGGGAACGAGGGAGCUUUCGAGGUCCUCUCCACCGGUUCGGGGGUGAAAUCUCUCCGGAAGGGCGACUGGGUUAUCAUGAAACAUUCCGGUAUGGGCACAUGGCGGACCCAUGCCCAGUGGGACGAGUCACAGUUAAUCAAGGUAAAGGAGGAGGACCGCGAAGGCUUAGCCCCUAUUCAGGCGGGAACCGUUAGCGUCAACCCAGUCACGGCCUACCGUAUGAUCAAAGACUUUUGUGAAUGGGACUGGAUGCGUGGCGGAGAGGAGUGGCUGAUUCAGAACGGUGCAAACUCGGGUGUAGGUCGAGCGGCUAUCCAGAUCGCAAAACAGUGGAAUAUUAAGACCCUGAACGUCAUCAGGGACCGAGAGACUGUCGAAGAGACUGAUAGGCUAAAGAAUGAGCUACAUUCCCUUGGUGCCACGGCUGUCAUUACGGAAUCAGACCUCUUAUCGUCUGCGAAAUUCAAAGACAUAGUUCACCAGCUGACACGAGCAGGCAGGGAGCCUAUUCGCCUGGCUCUUAACUGCGUUGGAGGCAAGAACGCAGCCGCCUUAGCCAAGGUUCUUGCCCCUAAUUCUCGACAUAUAACCUACGGCGCCAUGGCAAAACAACCUACCUCGCUACCUGCAGGGCUAAUGAUCUUCAAUAACAUCAGUUUUCAUGGUUUCUGGGUGUCGAGGUGGAGUGACCAGAAUCCUGCCUUGAAGGAGGAGACCAUUCGUGAUAUCUUCAGGUUAACCAGGGAAGGUAGGUUUAAGGACAUCCCUGUGCAGGAGGUGAAAUGGACACGGGAGACACCCAGAGACGAACUUGUUGACAGCGUACAGGGGACGCUGGGGGGCUCAACUUCAUCUACGCCACCGACGCCCAUAGCUGUUCUCUGGCUCAAAGAUGUCGAAUAG